AUGAAGAGAAACGGAUGGCGGAGAGCAUCCUUCGGAGUUUUUCUCCUUCUUAUAGGUGCAAGCUGGGAAAAUGUCAUAAACGAAUCAAAUAAACAUAAAAAGGAAGAAACGAAUUCUUCUGUUAAUUCUUAUUGGGGUAGUCAAAAUGAGUCUGAAUCCCCUAGAAGGAAAAAGAAAAAUUUGCAAAAACAUACUUUGUCCCCAGGAGAGGAGGGAUAUAGGAAGGAUACCACACCCGGCGGUAAGAAUGGAAACGAAUCCGGGUUAUUUAAGAAGAAAGCACUUAUACAUGUAAGAGAUAGCAAAUUUAGAAGGGAACCAUCGCGGUAUGCGUAUAUUAAAAGUAACGGUGAAGACAAUUUGGAUAAACAUCCUAGUAGUGCUGAGGAGGAAGCAAAGAAUGAGCGUAAUGAAAGUCCCAGUUCCUUUUUACAAAAGACGAACGUUCCCAUUGUGGACAAAGUUUUAGAUUACUUCGAAAUUGUAAAUGAAAAAGGGGAGUUAGUCUUUUCGUUGGAGUCAUACUAUGUGGAUAUAUACACGUGCAAAGAAAUUGUGCGUUUUAUAAACCAUAAGACGAUAACCAAUUCUAGCGGUAACUAUGGAGACCAUGAUGGGGAGGACGAAGAAGAUAAAGAUAUAAGCUAUAAUUCUGGGUCAGGGAUAGAUUCCAAGGUAAAAAAUUUGUAUUAUUAUAUGAAAAUCUCCAAGUUGCAUUGCUUCCUUAAAAAAACUGAGCUACUAAACAAAAUAAAUAGUUUAGAGUACGCAGAGAUAGAAGUUAACAAGCAGGUAUCAACAGCAAAGAGCUCCCCUGCAUAUAAAUUACUCAUAGAUGACUAUGUAAAAUGCUUAAAAGAAAGUAGUGAAGUAACUGUUAAGCAUGAGAUAGAGGAUGCUAAGGAAAACAUCGAAAAAGAAUAUGGAAAUAAAUAUUGUCCUGAGAAGUGCAAUUCGGACGUCUAUUUGGAAAGUGUACGCUCAUACCUAUCGUAUGUGAAAAAGAAUGCCGACAUUUUGUACAAUUCUAAUAUUAGCGAAGCGGAGGAAUUUUUAAAAUCUGGAACAAGCAUUGUUAGUAUUAUAGAGAAAGAAAUAAGAUCAAAUAAUGUCAUAAGUUCUAUAAAGUUCGUACUAAGUGAAAUUAAUAGCAUAAUAAAUAAUUACAAUUAUCACAAAAAAAAUAUAGAAAAGUCUAUCGAUAAUAUAGAGGAGCAUGAAAAAAAUGAUAAAUCUAUCGCCUUUGAUAAAAAAACGUUGGUAGAGAAAAGUUUUGACUUGGCAAAGAACAUGUCCGUGUACAAAUAUAACAAUAAGAUGUUCAAGAGGAUGAAAGAUUUGUACGAUUUUAAGAGAACUAAAUGUAAGACACUAUUUAGUUUUUUAGCAGAAAAGUUAAAGGAUAAGCUUAACUCCUUUGCUGAGUCGACAACAUAUGAGGAAAAGUACAAGUCGAUAAGUGAAGACUGGGAAUAUAUUUGGAACGAUGUGAACAAUGAGUACAAGGAAAUUAUGGCCAAGAUAGAAAAUUAUGAAGGUAAUGAAAAUUUAGAAGUUAUGAUGGUCAUAAGUAAGGUUAAGGGAAAUCUAGCAAAAUAUAAAGAUCUUAUAGACAAGCUAGAGGGCUUAUUUAAUAUCAUAAAAUCGAAGCAUGAAAUUGUCAUUUCAGCGAAAUCACUAAUUGGGGAACAAAAGAAUGAGUUCAAAAGAGAUGAAAAGGGAGAGUAUAAAUUCGAUGAUCUCAUAAAAUUAAUGGAAGAAAUAAGUAGAAAUAUUAACACGGUGAAUACAAACGCCGAUAUUAUAAAUAAGACAUACACCGACAUUAAAUUAGUAGAAAAAAAAAUUGAAACGUUAGUUACCUCCAUUGAGGAGUACAUGAAAGAAAUGGACGCUUUAAAGGCUAAGGAAUCAACUAACACUCAUAUUAAAAAAGAAAUGGAGACGAAAAUGCUGUUUAUAAUGGAAAAUAUUAACAACUUAAAGAAAAUACUUUCCCUGGAAGAAAAAGCAAACGAGAAUAUUGCGCAAAUUGAUGAAUUAAUUAAGGGAACAUCAUUAGAUAUGAACGGAAUUAUAGAUAAAAAAAAAGACGCUCAUGAUAAAAUAAAAAUGAUUAUUAAAGAUUUACAUGAAGGCAAUUUAAAGGAUUUUGCGGAAAAAAUGUCUCUAAAUGUGGACAACUAUAGAAAUUCUAUCAGGCACAGUAGUUCUACGGCCGAUCUGGAUGGCGUGCUAGAAAAGGUAAAAGGUGAUUAUGAGAAAAUGGUAUCUAUCAAAUCAGAUAAAAUAUCAGAAUCCUUGCAGAAUAUAACGAACCUGCUCAAAACUAUCUCAGACAUCAAGGAAGAAAUCUUAAAAAUCCAAUUCGAAGAUAUGAAUGAAAAAUUAACAAAAUCGUUAGAGCAACUUAAGAGUUUUUACGACAAAUUAAAAGUUAGCAGAGCAGAGUACGCAGCGGGGAAAGGGAAGAUUGAAGAAUACAAAACGAUUAUACUAAAAGGGGAAAAUGAAUUUUUUAACAAAGAGUAUGAUAAGGAUGAUGAUAUGUUAGAAGUGAAAGAUGCUUACACAAAUUUCCUCACGCAUAAGGAGAAUUUCCUCAAGAACAGAAGUAAAGUGUUCGAUGAAUUCCAUAUAGCGAAAGAGGCCCUAAAGACAGCUAGAAUUUAUCUUCUAUCCUAUGUAAAUGUGCCGGAACAAUAUAACAUUAUCAAUGGGAAAGAAAAUAAUAAGUAUAACGAGUUAGUAAAAGAAAUUAAUGACAAAGCAAUCGAUAAGAAAUUGUUAGAGUACGAAGAAGAAUUCAACAAUAACAAUAAAUUAUCCGAUAGCAUGAUAAAAGAAGUGGAACAAUUAAAUAAAAAUUUGUGUAACCUGAAAAUUUUAAACAGGUCUAUUAAAGAUUGCAACACUGAUAGCAAUACAAUCGAAGAAUUAAUUAGGAAGUAUAAUUCACUAAAGGAAGGAAUUAUUUCCGAAAGAAACGAAAUAGAAAAAGAUAAUUUCAUGGAAGAACAUGCAAAGGCAAAUUUAAAACAAAAAUUUAACGAGGCAGAGAUCAAUCAGGGUAGAAAAUUGGAUGACAAUAAUUUGAAGAACUUAAAGACACAAAUGACGAAUAUUCUCGAUUUUUACAAAAGUUCAAAGGAAAAAUAUAAAGACUUAAACGAAACAGACCUGAAGACAAUAAGAGAAAAUAAAGACUGGAAAAGCGCUAAGGAAUUGAUAAACUCUCUUAAUGUCGAAUACGAAAUAUUGAAAAAGCAAGUGGAUGGUCUGAUCAGCAGCAAAAACAGUGAAAUUAUAAAAUGGAUAAGUAACAGAAUAGUGGACAAAAAUAAAGAAAUAAAUGAGAACGUGGAUAAAUACGUAAAUUCGUUGGAUGAAAUUAUUGCAAAAUCUAAGUCUCCCAUUUUUGUCAAAGAUAUUAAUCACUACAAAAAUGGUCAGAAUAAAGAAAACGCAAGUAAAUUUAAUGCAGAAGUGGAAGCUCUUGUUGUGAAGAUCGGAACACAAAAGGAAAUAUUGAACAAAAUUAAAACAAAUUCUAACCAAUACUUGGCAGAAGCAAAUGCAAAUAAAAGUGAAAAUAUAGAAUUCAAGGCCAAGGAGAAGGCCAUGAAAGAAGUUUUCGAAAAAAUUAAAGGCGCAUCAGAAGAACUAAAUAACAAACUAAAGGAAAUACAUACACUGAAAGAUUUACAGAAUAUAGAAUUAAAAUUUGAGAAAAACGAAAUUCACGUUAUGGUUAAUGAGAUUACCACCGAGCAGAAAAAGUCUGAGCAUGAAAUGGAAGAAAUCAAUUCAUAUAAAAAUGCCAUAGAUGAAAUGAAGAAGGAAAAAUCGGGAGAAGAGUCUCUGGAUCCCCCUUUAUUUGUAUAUACUGAAUUUUACGAAAAAGCGGUAAGCAGUCAUAAUACUGUCAAAGAACUUUUUAGCGCGACUACGGAGUUAAAAGGAAAGUGUGAAAAUAGUGAGAGUAUUAACGAAAUUAAAGACAUUAAAAAGCAAAUUGGUGGUUAUUUGAGAGACAUUUUAACAAAUAAUAGCAUUUUGCAUGGAGCGCUGGCAGAUAUUAAAAAUAUGAAGGAAAUGAUGCUGAAUGUGAAUAUUCAAGAAAUUGUGCGUCUUGUGGAGAAGGAUGUGACAGAAGUGGAAAAAUAUUCCACGUUGGUAAAAAGUGAGCAGGACAAAUCAGAUGCCCUAAUUAAAAAAAUAGAUAAAUAUUUCACAGAUGCAACGAGCUUAAAAACGGAAAUGAAUGAAAAUUUAUCCAUCAAACGAAUCGAUGAAAUUAUGAAGGAAAUUAUGAAAUAUAAGGACGAAAUAGCACACCGGGAAGAUGAAAUGAAUACGUAUUUGAAGAACUCCAGAGAGUACAAUGAUAAUGCCUCCCUGUAUUACCGCAACGCAAAUAGUAGAAAGGAUAGGCUACAAUAUUUGAAGGAUAAGGGGAAACAAGCUGUACCGGAGAUUGAUAUGGAUAAAGUAAGUGUGAGUGUACAGAAAUGUAUGACCCUAGCAAAGGAAGCUGAAGAGAGUGAAAAAAUAAUAAAACAACAAGGUAAUAAAUAUGGGGAAUAUGAAGAAAAAAUGAACAUUCUCCUAAAUGAAGUUUCCGUUUUGCAAAUAAAAAUCAUGUAUGCAAAGGGAAAGGACCAGGCCACGAAUAUCAUUAAAGAAAUCGAACAACUGCAUGCAGGCAUUGAAAAAAAACUUAAUGAAUCUGAAGGAAAAUUAGAAAAGUGUAAGGGGGAAUCCCAAAUGGAUGAAAAAACAUAUAUAUUGAACAAUGAAAAAUCGAAGACAGCAUACAUAAAUAUGAAAUUAAAUUUAGAACUAGUCGAGUCUAAUUUAAGCCAGAUAAAAAAUGUAAAAAAAAGUGUGAAUAACAUUUUAACCAAAUCGACAGAUUUAAAUAAAUCCAUAUUAGAGGUGUCUAUAAUUGAAGGGGAUAAUUCCCUUGAUGUGCUGAAAAAUGAAGAAGCGCAUUAUAUACAAUAUUUGAAAAAUAUUGAAAAUGAGAAAAAGCUCAUGACGGAUGAAAAGAGCAACACCGAUGUGAUAAACGAAAAUGUCCUUAAAAUAGAAAAUGAAUUGAAGAAAUGUAAAAAAAAUUACGAAGAAGGCAUUUUGGAAAAAGCUAAAGAGACGGCUGACGAAAAGAAAAAACUUCUUGAGUCAACUAGGGAGUCGUUAAAUUCGCUGGAGACAUAUUUUACCGAAAGGUUUAAUGAAACAUAUUUGAAAGUAUACAACAUUAAGGAUAAAUUUAUAGGUCAUCGAAAGAGCAUGGAAGAGUUAUUUGAGGAUUUUGGCAAGUCGUACAAAGUAAUCGAAACGAAUGCUGCAAAGGUUGCAGAAGGAACGGUAAAGCAUGAUGAAGCUAGAAAACUAAGGGAGGAAGCACAAAAGGAACAAAUAAAUAUUAACAAUAAGGAAGAAAUUGCAAAAACGAAUUUGAACAAAAUCAAGCAACAUGAAUUUAUGAACUUUCUAUUUCAUACAAGGGAACAUGUGGAUAAAAUUAGGAAAGCAUGUGAAGAAGAAAAUGCCAAAAUGGGCACAGGAUAUGAAGAUAUUAAAAAAAUCAUUACAAAAAUUCGAAAAUUAAAAGACGAGAAGAAAACAUUCGAAACCUUAAAUACAGCAAAGGAGAAAUAUAACGAAAUAAAAAGAAUCUCAGGGCAGUGUAAUAAGAAUGAGGCACAUAAUGCCUUUGGGAAAAUGAUAAGAGCGUCUAAUUUUAUGGGGAUAAAAAUAUUAACAAGCUUAGGAUCCGAGUUGAGCCCCGACAUGCACCUAGAAACCACUUCACAAACUAAUCCAACGUUAAAUUUUGAAUCGGAGGUAGAAAUAAAGUCGGAAAAUGAUGCCAAAUUAGAUGCUUACAAAAACCUACAGUUGACGUAUGGAUAUAUACAAAAAAUAUUUAAAGAUUCAGAGGAGACAGACAGGAAACAAGAAGAAAUCGAUGGGUGGAUAAGGGAAGGGAACAAUAAAAGUCACGACAUAAAAUCAUCUAAUGAAUUAAAAACUAAAAUUAAUUACACAAAAUAUAAAGCAAGCAAUACCUUAGAUAAAAUUACUGACGCUUUGGGGAAGUAUGAUGAAUUGAAAGCUAUCACCUGCAGCAUCGAGAACGAUAACAAAAUUAUGGAGCACUCAGAAUUUACAAAAUUGAAGGAGUUGAGUGAUGCCUACAAUGGGAAGAAGAAGGAACAAGUAUUCGAGUCGGAGAUCAACCGAGUAAAUGAAGAAUUUCAAGGUAUCACGAAAAAUAUAGAGAAUUUAGAGAAGCAAUUUGAAACAGUACAAAAAGGAGAAUCGCCCAGCGAAAAAAUUAACGAGGAAAACUCCUCACUUACAGAAAUUAAUGAAAAAAUAGAUAGCAUAAAUAGCAGAAUUACAACAAUUAUGACUAGUCUUAAUGAGUUGCUAACAGAAGGGAAGACAUGUGAGAAAUCGUCUUAUGCUUCCCUAAUUGGAAAUAUAAAUGCCAAAAUUUCGAGUGACAUAAGAUUAAUAAAUGACCAGAAGGAGAAUGCGGAAAAGAAUGUAGAAUAUAUUGAGAAAAAUUCGAAAUUGGUCAAUGAUGAUAUUCGUGCAUUAAAUGAAUACUUUGAUACGAACAGGAUAAAUAAUUACCAGUUCUCAAAUUUGGAUGAAGGAAUUAAACACUCUGAUGAUUUAAACGCAAAGGAAAAAGAAGCAAAAGAAAUAGUUAAAGAUAUAGAAAAAGAAUUCAUAGACGUAAGACUUGAGGUAGAAAUGGAUUCCUUAUAUAGCAGUAAAGAAAAAAUUAUGGAACAUUACAACAAACUGAAAGAUAAAAUAAAGAGCAUUAACGACGUUUGCAAAAAUAUCAAUUUGGUGAAAUUGAAAGAAGUGGAAAGUAACUCAGAUAAAUAUUUAGAAAUAGCAGGGAAAUUUGAAAAUGUGCUAAAUACUCAAGCAACAAGAUUGUUGGACAAUCACAGGGUGCUACAAGAUAUCGAAAAAAAAUUAACAAAAAAUGAAGGGGAAUUGAAAGGUAUCAGUAGGACGUACACACUAGAGUCCAUCCAAAAGUUUAACAAUGUGUGUAAGAAUAUUGAGACCAAUAUGCAGAAUCUGCGUGAAGUAGAGCAAUCGAAUAACAGUGAAGAUAAACAGGUAAAUGCCUGUAGGGAAAAUGUUUCCCAUCUUAUAUACAGAGGAGAGACUUUGUUGACCGAUUUGAAUGAUCACGAUGUAGGAACGCAUGGUGCGACGAAAGAAUUAACUGAUGAUGCAACAAUAGGGUACAUUACAAAUAUUAAAGGAAAAGUAAAUAAUACCAUAGAAGCAUUUAAAAAGGUGUUAGAACGCAUUCAACAAAACAAAUCGCAGACACAGAAAAAUGAAGGUCUAAAUAAAGGCAUAUACGAAAUAUGGAAAAGAGCUAAUGCAAUUAAGGAAAACUUCUCGGAAAAUUUUCCAGAAAAUCAUAACUACUUUCAUCUGGGGGAUUAUCUAAAGGAUAUAAAAGACAUUUUGAACGGAAUAGUUGGAGGCGCCAACAUAGAGGAAUAUAUCGAAAAGAUUUCUCAGAAUAUUCAGCAACAAAUAAACUAUACACUAAGUCAUCGUAGCGAGGAAUCUAUUUUAGAAGCCAAAAGAAAUAUUGAAUCCUAUAAUGAAAAGGCAAGCGAAAUGCUACAAUCUAUGAUCGCUGCUGAAGAUAAAAUUUUAAUAAAGAAAAAAGACAUGGAUAAUAUAUUCAGUAUUAUAUCCGAAAAUAUGAAGAACCGUGUGUAUAUAAAUACGAAAGAAUAUAUUAACGAGGUGGAUAAUAUAGUUAGUAAGUUAAAAGUGGAUAUACAUAAGUUGGAAAAUUUUAUAAAUAAUACACAACUGAUAAUAGAGCAGUUAGGGGAAGGUAACUUCAUGACUGAGAAUGCUUCUCGUGAUGAAGUUGCUGAAGAGUUAAAUGAUAACGAAAAUCAGCGUGAACGAAAUGAUAUAAGUAGAGAUUCAAAAGGAGAUUCUUCUAAUAGCUCUUUGCAUGAUGUGUAUGGAUUGAGAGAAAGUAAUAAAACUGAUGGCAACUAUUCUUAUGACAAUGAGGAAAAUGAAUCUCAUGAUGAAAAUAAUUAUUCGGGCAGAAAAACCUCAGGAGAGACUUUUAGAUAUGCUGCAGGAAUUGCGGUAGCAUUUGUUAUUUGUUCAACUGCUGGAUUCACAAUUUUUACAUCUAACAAUGAUGAAGCAGGAGAAGAAGAUUUCGGAACAGAUAAGGGGAACAUUGAGUGGGAUAUAUAUUCAAAUAAACGAGAAGAGGAGGAAAUUAUUGAAGUUACCUUUGACGAAAGUGAACAAUACCUAUGA